UUGUAUACGACUUCUGAAUACGUAAAGAUUACGUGAGCGUGUUCGCGGACGGUUACUAGAGUACCAGAGCAAAAAAUAAAAAAAUCGAAAAAUCUGAAAAUAAUUCAUGGUGGUCAUUAAGAAAAUUUAGAAUAUUUUGUGGUAAUUCUACUUUGCCCCCCCAAAAAGCCAAGUAACAACGAACGAGAAGAAAUCUUUAUAUCGAUACGCAAACCAAAAAAAGUCUUACUAAAGUGAGAAAUAGGAAAAAAAUUACUGAAGUGUUCUAUUGAAUAUAAAGGCUUAAAUAAAGUCCCCUAAUUGUCCUAAACUAAAGAAAGUGUUAUUCAAAAGCCUCCAAACCCCUUAGCAGGUGAUUUGUGAUUAUAACAAAAAAAGAAAAUUCUCUUUGGCGUUGUGUAGUUUUACCAACAACACUACACGCACUCACAUACAUCAUCAUCGCAUAAAUGCAAGCAGCCAAAAUCAAAUGCUGUCGAUUUAAAAAUAAAGCAUUAAAUCUGACGCAUUUAUUUUCAUGUUCACAACAACAAUAACACCAGUUAGUAUAGUACCAACAAAAUAUAAUCAUCAUCAGCAGCAGCGGCGGCAUCGGCAUCGCCAUCGCCAUCCACAUCGGCCAUUCAAACAAACAACCAACCGUUUGUGAAAGGGGUAUGACGUCUCGACCUGACUGUCAAGAAGAAUAAGAAGUAGAAAAAAAACGAAGCAUCGUAGGCAACGACAGCAGCAGCUAACCCCCAUUCAACAAAAUACUUGAAGUACAAGUUGUGAACUCCAACCACACACUUCACCUAUCGGCCUAUCCUCACUAUCUAUGGUUGUCUGGCUAACAGUCUGUCUGUGUGUCUGUCUGUCUGCUUGCCUGCCAGUCAUUGUGCCCCAGUAUAUUUGUGUCUGUGCACAUGAGUGUCGCUUUCUAAGUGUUUGUAAUUCUGUGCUAGUGAGUGACUAAAUAACCAAACAACCUGCGUAGCUGACAGUCCCCAACCUCCCCCACUCAAACGGGCUUAAGGAAGCUCAUCACAACAACCGGGCAAACAAACAACAAAUAGCAACAGCAAGAAAAAACAACAAUAAUUACUGGCUACUCAUAACAGCCGCGGUGUCUGGCCAACUUCAAACCAAAACAAAUUUUCUAUCUCUUCAGUCAAACUCUCUAGCAUACACAGGUUCUCUUUGGCUCUGCCUGCUGCGACGCUGACUGCCUGACAAAGAGCAGCGGAAACCUCAAAUCAACACGAACACGAACAUCCAGCACCGAACCAUAGUGCUCUACCCCUAGUGGUGCAGCUAUUCGAACAUUGUUUAUUCUCGUCAAAAACAACAACGUCUCUGUGGCCCAUAGUCGUCUGGUCAGAGUCGUAAGCGCGAGUGUGAAACACAUUAACGGACGUUGUCGUCGUCGUCGUCGUCGUUGUGGUGUGUGAGUAUUGCUGCCUGGCCCGCCGUGUGAGUGCAUGCAUUCAUCAUUGUCUUCUGUUCCGUGGCGUUCGUUCAGUCGUAGUCUCGUGUAAAUUAUUUCGAUUUCUUUUGGUGCAGUCUACUAGUGCUUGCUACCAACAACAUUGUGCUUGUUAUUAUCGUUGUAUGGUGGAUGGAUGUAAGAAAAAAAAAUAAAAGUAAAGUAAUCAGAAAAUUUUUGAAGCAAAGCCAAAAACAAAAAAGAAUACCGGCUUAACAACAACAAAAAGCAACAACGGUGUAAAAAAGGUGAAGUAAAAUUGAAAAAUAAUCGAGUGUCUAGAUGACGAAGAUAGAGUGAGAGUGAGCGAGCGAGCGAGUGAGCGAUAUGAAGAUCUUUUAAGAAGAGCAUAAAGCGAAAUAGAAGUUGAAAGCAAUAGCAAAGAAAAGUGCAGUAACAACAACAACAACAAGUGAAGCAUCAAAGGGCCACCACAAUUCAUCAUUCUUUGAUAAGAUAAUAAAUGUGUUCUCAACAACAAGUAAAGCAAAAUAACAAAAAGUGAAAAAAAAAAAUAAAAAAAAAAUUCAAAAAGAAUUUAAAGUGUUGGAAAAAUUAUUCAAAGCAUUUUACCAAAAAUAAAUAAAUAAUGAAAAUUACAUGCUUUCCUACAUCACUGUGAAAAUAAUAAAAAAAAGUGCUAAAAUCAUAAUGAGUGCUGAGAAAAUUUGUUAAAGCCAUAAAGUAUUACCAAAUCUUCUUCCCCAAAGAAUACAAAUAAAAGUUUUGUUAUCAACUAAACCAAUUUACUUCAACUUUAUAUACAGGAAAUCCACCUCCUCCUCCCACGCACAUACAAUGGCUUCCAGACCUAACCUUCCCAGGCAGCAGCCUUCGUCGCUUGGCAAAUCUUCAUAUUUGACCUCUAGAUUGGACAAUUUAAUGAAAUCCCUUGCCUUGGCCUGUCUCCUGUUGGCCACCGUCUGUGUGGUCUCCACCUCGGCCAAAAGUUUGGAUUUGACACAUGAUCUGGAUACCACCAACAGCUAUUUAGAAUCCUCAUCACAUCGUCAUCAUCAAGCCACCUCGCUGCAUCAUCAAUCACACAGUCUUCAUCAUCAUAAUCGUAAUCGACGCUUACAGCGUCGUGAUUCCAACUCCAAAGAUGGCAAUAAUCAGCACUGUAAUGAUGUACGCGUAGAAUUUGAGGCGAUAGACAUCAAAUUGCCGCAGCAUUUCAAUGAAAAAGGUGCACAAUGUGGAGGUCACUGUUGUACGAAUUCUACAGAAAUCGAAUUAAGAAAAAAGGCAGCAGCAGAUUUCGAGCGUUCAUUGCAUCAUCACACCAAAAGUUUACGUGGUAUUUUGGAGUCAACGGCAAAUUUAUUUGAAUCUCAUGUCCUGGAACUGGCUCAACAAUCUGAAAAUCGUACCUUAAAUGUAUUCUCUCAAGUGUACAAACGUAUGCUACCAUUGUCAAGGAAACUUAUUGUGCAAUUAUAUUCUGAAAUUACAAGCAACAUAAAAUCGACCGGAUCCAAUGCACUCAAUGCCAAUACACUGGAGUCUGUCAUACAUAAAUUCUUUGUCAAUCUGUUUCCUGUCGCCUACCACCAAGUCGUCCAUUUGAAUAAGCAAAGCUAUGGAGAAUUGCAUGAGGAUUACAUUAAUUGCUUAAAACAUGUGUAUGACGAUGUGCAACCCUUCGGUACCAUACCCAAAGAAAUCAGUCGAAAUUUAAUGCAAAGCAUCCAAACGGCUCACAUCUUCAUCAACGCCCUGCACCAAAGCGCCGAGGUACUAAGCGAAACGGAUGACUUGUAUGCGGCACAUCUGAGUGAAAGCUGCCAGAGGCAUCUGCUCAAGAUGAGUUAUUGUCCUCGUUGUAAUGGUUUGCUGAAAUCCCAUGUGAAAACAUGCUACAGCUAUUGCAUGAAUGUUUUGAGAGGCUGCUCGGCUCAAUAUGCUGGUGUUCUGGACAGUCCAUGGUCGAAUGUUGUGGAUGCCUUGGAUAAUUUGGUAACUAUGCACAUUCGCUCCGAUACUGGCAUUGUAACAGUGAUUAAACAAUUGGAUGGCAAGCUAUCGGAGACAAUAAUGAAAGCCAUGGAAAAUGGUCCUGAAUUGGAGAAAUUGGUCAAAAAAACUUGUGGUACACCCAGAUUAUUGCCUUCCUCAACAUCCGACAGCGAACACAAACCACAAAUGCCACACAACAUGAAAUGGGCGACACCUGUAGAUUCGGAACUUUUGCGUUUUCUAUCAACCAUUGAUAAAUCCAAAGAUUUUUACUCGAACAUCGUCAAUAAUGUCUGUGAUGAUGAAGAAAUGCAAAGAAGUGAUCGUCACUGUUGGAUGGGUGACCGUAUCGGUGAUUAUACACAGUUAGUGAUGACACCCGGAACAGAUACACAACGCUACAAUCCUGAAGUACCUUUUGAGUCAACUUCACAGCCAACGAAAUUAAAUGAAAUGGUGGAUAAGCUAUUAAAAGUACGAAAAACUAUUGCAACAGCGAUACCCUCUACGACUAGAACCUUUAAUGAUGUUCAAAGUGAUAUGGCUGGUCGUGACGAUGAGGGAUCAGGGCGUAUGCCUGAUGAUGUGGAUGAUGAUGAAUACCGAAUGCAGGGCUCCGGUGAUGGCGAUGGUUCAGGAGAUGGUGCCACAUCUUUACCCUAUGAUCCUCGUACGAAUAAUAACGAAGACAAUGAAAUAUUACCACCAUCUACCAAAUCGCCAGCCAGUAAAAUUGACUCAUCGAUGAGUUUGGCAGCUCUAUUCUGUCUGCUACUAGUCAUGCAUCAAACAUUUUCAACAACGAUACGAUCUUAUAAACUGAAACUAAAUUAAAAAUGUUAAAUAUGCUGCUGCUAUAGUUGCAAUAGAUGCAUCAGGCAACAGGCAACAAAUCCAAGGGUGCAACUCUGUUUUAUAAAUUAUGUAGUUAUUAUAUAUAAUAUAUAUAUAUAUAUA